CCGCGCCGUCCUUGACGCUGCUGCGAUCGCCUUUUUGCAGCCGACUUCAUGCUCUCCCUCGGUCAGUGCAGUUUUGCCGAUGAAUGUGGGUGAACGGAUUUGUUCGUGCACCGACGAAGAGUCCGUUUCGCGCAUUCUCCGUUGUUGCGGAAAAGACAAAAUCUUUGCAACCAUAUACACCCGCCACGACCAGUCGCCAUGCGGGAUUGAUGACGAGGUUAUACCGCGUCUCUCGAUACUAUGGCAGAAAAUGCGACGAUCCCCUCUUCGACUCGCUCAACUGGCUCGCGAGGUUUCCAGCGGGUUUUCUCCCCGUCUACACUCUCAAUCGGUCUGGGAUACAUGUUAAUCAGAUGAAACGAUGGCGCCCGCUCGUUAUGGCUGCUAACUGGAAUGCCUCGAUGGAAUUCAUCGCAGACAAAGAUAUCGUCAUCCCCGCGCUAGACUUGACGCGACAUCCGAGCGUUCCGACACCGAGCUCGUCAAAGACUCUCCCCACUUGGCUUGUCUUCCACUUGCUCUGUUCUCAAGUUGCAACCGAGGAAGAUGCCCUGCAGGCCCUAGCUUUGGCAUAUCAUCAUUUCCCCUCCACGCCCAUUCACAUGCAGCCCAUGCUGUUCAUCAUUACUGCCUGCUGGCUUGCUGAGCACUCGCUGUUUGUUCCUCUGAGGCGCGUCGUAGCUGCCUUUUUGGACUUCUACGAGCAUGUUCCGCCGCAUGAGCACGAGUUCUGGGCGAUGUUGCAGAUGCUUGCGUACGCGUCCGCCAGUAAGGAGGUCAGUAUCCCAGCCUGCGCUAUCAUUAGGGCGAUGGACAAGCACAAUCUGCGCCUGAACCAGGCGACCGUCAGCGCGCUCCUCGGAAGCGCGUUCGUUACGACCAUCCUCGGACGCGUGCUCAUGCGACGGAUUGUGCGGCAUGACUUCGAGCCGACGGUGCAACAUCUUACGCGUCUCCUCAGGGUAUUCGAGUAUGCGAAACGACGCUCGGAUGCACGGCGGUGCCUGUCGCUCCUCAACGUCCACCUGCCGUCAGGAUUUCGUGUGCCUCCGUCUUCGCGUAAGGUGUCGCGCUUAUUCAUCAAGCCGGGCCCCACGACGAUCAAGUCCGAAGCGCGAUACCUGCUCGGGUUCCACUCCGUGGACGAGCUACUCCAGUACCUUCAGAAAAAGUCUUCGCCGCAGGAUGCACUGCCUGCCAGAUCAAAAGAACAUAAGCAACGCAGCUCCGCUUCCAGUCGUGAUGGCACUCCUUCAUCGCACUCUGCAGCGGAAGAGACGGGAAGAAAUGACGCCUCGCCUGUCCCUCACCGUCGUGCAGGCAACAUCAUGUCCACUCACGUUGUAUGGCGAAAUUCUCUGCUCGUGGCGGCGCGGGACCGGAAGAUGCGCUCGGAGAACAUCCUUCCCAUGCUCCACCAAGCUCAGUCACAACAUCCUCUCCUGCAUCGCGAGAUGCUCUUCAUUGUAUUCUCCAUGCGUGCUCUCAUUGUGCGGAAUGACUACGUCAACGCCUUGCGCAUCUGGGAUAGAAUCAAAAAUAACACAGCUGCUAUGAACAGGUUCACGGUCAGCGCCGGCGUCGAGGCACUGGUUAUGGGUGGCCGGGCAUCCGAGGCCGUUAAAUUACUACUGUCAAUCUCCGAACGGAAGCAAAGUACUCAAUCUCUAGGAUCCACCACCAAUGCGCUAGACGUGUCUCAAUCUGGCUUGAAUCCGCGCACACGCCUCGACACGCAAAGCAUCAACGUCUUGAUGCGUUGCCUGCAGCGGACGGGGCGGUAUGAUACCAUCUUCGUGCUCUGGGAGCAACUGGAGCCACUGUUCGAUGUGCGCCCGGAUCACUACACGCUCACCAUCCUGCUCAGGACUGCGCGUCUCGCAGGCAAGUGCAACCCGUCCAUCCGCGGCGUGCUCGUCGAGAUGGGCCUCGGACGGCUGCUCAAGCCCCCACCGGGAAGCAAGACAUUUUCUGCGCGCGGGGCACAGAUCCUGAAUAUGAUAUACUCGAAUAGGCCAAGCACGGGCGUGUGGAAUGGUGAGCGCGCGGGGCAAGUCACGCUGAAGAUCGUGAACGAAAUCAUGAUGGAGAGCUGGCCAGAGUUGCGCGAGGUCAAGAGCCCCAUAUACGCGACGCGCCCGUCAGGCGAUUUCUGCGCGUUCUUCCCCGUUACAGACUUUUACCGCACGGUGAUGGGGCGCGAGGUCUCCGUCGCCGAAGAGAACACCAACUCCACCUCGCCUGCUCCCCCCUCCAAUGUCCCAUCGGUAUUCUCCCAGAUCAUUCCCAACGAUGUGUUUUUCCGCGCAUACAUUGAGCUGCUUGCGGCCGAGUCGCUUAUCCCACACAUCCCGCUUGUGCUCGCUUGGAUGCGCCGGCUGAACGUGAAGCCGUCUCAAAGGACAGUCGCGACGGUGCUCGUGUACUGGGCGGAGGUUGGGAUGGACCCGCCGCUCUUCGAGCAUGUGUUGAGCGGGAAGAGUCAGUAUGAGCGGCUGAUGGAUUGGUUAUGCGAGUGGGUCGGCCCGAGUCAUAUGCCGACGGAUAAGGAUAUGGACAGGAGUAUCAUGAGAUUGAAAAAGUUUAGAGAGCUGCGUUACGCGUUCGUACAUAGAUCUAGGUAGAAGUUCGUAUGCAUGAGUGGAAAUAUAUCAACAGAAUCCCAAUAUAGGGCUCAGUAUAUCAAGUUUUCUGUCACCCUGCGCACAAUAAUGAAUUCGAGCAUCUCUGCGCC